AGUGAUCAGAAGAAUGAGCCUCACUGAAAACAAAGGUGGCAGAAAUAGCGUCGAAAACAAGGCUUCAUACGUGUAAGAGUUUGGGAAGAGCGCGCUUACUGCUCGGUGAGGGAGCCGCUGUGCGUAACCUCUGCUCUGCCUGCUGAUGAGCCAAGCAGCAUGCAGCAGGAGCCGCUGUGAUGAGGUUGCCAGUGUCGUGGAGGGGAAGCAUCUCUUUGUCGUUCUGUCAUUCGCUGCCUGCCUCUCUCUGCGCACCGAUAAACGUGCUCUCACACACUGUGCGACGCCCGACGGGAGCAAACGCAUCCGCCUGCGUUUUAUUAGCCGGCGUUUCUCCUUCUCUUCAUUCCACUUUGGCCGCCGUGCUGGAUUGUUCCCUCUCUAACAAAGCCUGAUCUCAGUCUGCCUGCAGACAGCUGAUCUCCGGUCCAGGCGGUUCCGGGUUGCAUGGUGGUGCUUCGGCUGCUCCAGCGGCUCAACAAAUGCAGAAAAGGGAGAAAAGUUUCGGUAUACAAAUGCUUUCCGUCCAGCCGGACACCAAGCCUAAAGGCUGUGCCGGCUGUAACCGGAAGAUCAAGGACCGCUACCUGCUGAAGGCUCUCGAUAAGUACUGGCACGAGGACUGCCUCAAGUGUGCCUGCUGUGAUUGCAGACUGGGCGAGGUGGGAUCCACUCUGUACACCAAAGCCAAUCUCAUCCUGUGUCGAAGAGACUACCUACGGUUGUUUGGUGUAACGGGGAAUUGUGCAGCCUGCAGCAAGCUAAUCCCAGCCUUCGAGAUGGUUAUGAGGGCCAAGGAAAAUGUCUACCACCUGGACUGCUUCGCAUGCCAGCUCUGCAAUCAGAGGUUUUGUGUUGGAGACAAGUUCUUCCUGAAGAACAACAUGAUUCUGUGCCAGACAGACUAUGAAGAGGGGCUAAUGAAGGAGGGCUAUGCUCCCCAGGUCCGCUGACCUUCACAGGCCAACAUGGAAGAAGAGGAAGAGUGGGAGAAACUCCAGAAAAAGUGCUAAUGCCUUCCUGUCCAUGUUCCCCACGUGUACAUACGUAAGAAAGACUCCCUGAGAGGGCAAACACACUGUUGUACAGAAUAGCCAUAAAGACGCCGUGGCAGGGAAAAGCCCUGGAAGCCUACAACAAAAUGUAUCGUGUGAAAAACAUUUUUGGAUGCUGCCUUUUCCCACCAACCAACAAAUACUGGCCUGAAAAGGAAUUUUUAACCAACUGCUGGCAUUGUUUGCUCUUUUAAAAAAGACUAGUCCCACCUACCAUCGCACCCAACUGCACUGCACAGUUCAACAGUCUGUGAUUGAAUCUGAACUCGACCCGGAUAUCGUCAAUCACUAAAACUGUGUGCUGAAGAACUGAGUAUAAAAGUAUGAAAUCCAUCCAUUUUGUCUCAAGUGUGACAAAAUAAUACUUUUGGGAGUGCGUGUGUCGGUCCAUGGACAUCCUUUCAGGCUACAGACUUCUGUCAUACGUCCUUUAAGGCUUUGCAUGGAUCCUUUCAGAAACCUGAAACUCCAAACCUGACAAACAGUCAAGUGAGAAACACUUACCUUUAUGCUGCCCAUGCAGCAUUAGCAGAGCAAACAGGGAAGGGAGAUAUGUCAGACUUAACCAGGGUAAAAAUGAAGGUUAAUUGUGGACUUGAUACUGGACAUUUUGAAUAAGGUGGACAAACAUCCAGCUGCUGAAGUUGCCUCAUGUCUGGAUGUGUAAAUAAGCAAUUGUUUGCUAACACCUCAGUCAAAAGAUUUAUUGGGGAAUAGUACAGCAUGUCAGCUCCUUCUGCAGCCCACAAGUGUGUAAAAACCUCUAUAAGAAAAACUAAGUGUUACAGGAUUAUAAGUGUGAGAUAUUUCCAUGGUUUGACAAGAGUUAUCGCCGUUCCUAAAAUGCAGUAUUUUGGACUGGGACGCUGCCACUAUGAUUCUGUGAUGGGUUAUGUUGUUUUAGGUGGGGACGGCUUUUCUUUUAUUAAAAACCUCCAGUCAAAGUGAAAUACUCAUGGACACCGAGGAUGUUUAAGUGGUUUGUAGAAUUUUGAACAUGGAUAGUUUCAGUCAUUUCACUCACACAUGGCCACAACGCCUUCCUCCCACAGUGGGACGUUGUCCUCGUCAGCUGAGAGGAAAACAUCUCAUCUUUCUGUAUGAACCCCAUCUGAGCUCAUGGCACCGUUAGCAGGACGACAGGAAGAAGCUUCUCUAAUCUGUAAAUUGUGGAUGUACAUUCAUUUCUGCUUGCUUGUACAAUGAUUUCUUUUUGUGUCAUCCAGCAUGAGAAUCUUAUUUUUAGGACAAUGCCUGUAAAUACUAUAAUUGUAAUAAUUUUAAACACAAAUGUAAUAAAGUUUUAUUGUCUAA